GCUACAAUCAGUGCAGAGGCUCUAUCACUGUUUCUGGACAUUCUCAUCUACCUCAUGACUACAUGCUAAUUUGUCAAAGAGUGCAGUUUAUUGUGGGGGCAUGGAUCCUAUGCAAAAGGCAGCUGUCAUUCAAGCUCUUAGUUACACUGAGGGGCAAUUACCUUUUAAGUACUUAGGGGUUCCACUAGACACUAAAAAGCUAUCCAUUCUUCAGUUGCAGCCCCUCAUUACUAAAAUGGUAGCAAAAAUAACAUCUUGGACAGCAAAAAAAUUAUCUUAUGCUGGCAGAGCUCAGUUGGUCCAAACAGUGUUGUUCGCAAUACAAUCUUAUUGGGCUCAGUUGUUUACACUUCCAGUUCAGAUUGUCAAAUUAAUUGAGGCUUACUGCAGAAGCUACCUAUGGUCUGGUGGAAAUGUGCUUACCAAAAAAUUAUUGCUUGCUUGGGAAAAGGUAUGUCUCCCUAAAUCUGUAGGGGGACUUAACCUUACUAAUCUGCAGGUGUGGAAUAGUGCUGCAAUUGCCAAGACCUACUGGGAUCUAACUCAUAAGCAAGAUAAGCUCUGGAUCAAAUGGAUCCAUGCUUAUUAUGUUAAAAGGCAAAGGAUUGAUGAUAUGAGCAUCCCUCAGAGUGCAAGCUGGAUGAUCAGGAAGAUCUUUGAAGCUAAACAGAUAAUCAAUCAACUUCACAGACCACUGGAUGAGCAAACGAUUAUAAUUAAGCACAUAUACUUACAAUUGAUACCAAUUCACUCUAAGAUGGAUUGGAGAUGCUUAAUGUUCCAGAACAAUGCUAGACCUAAAGCCAUAUUUACUAUGUGGAUACAGAACCAUGGAAGGCUGCUAACAAAAGAUAGGCUGAAGAGAUGGGGUCUCCAUAUGGAUGAGACAUGUGUGUUGUGCCAGGCUGAUAAGGAAACAAGGGAACACUUGUUUGCAGAAUGUGCAUAUGCCAACAGAUUAUGGACCAGGUUAUCUCAAUGGGCUCAAGUCCACUCCAUUGUUCCCAACAUUUGGAUACAGUAUUUCCAGCUCAUCAUUCAUCACUCAAAGGGGAAGACAGCUUCAGCAAUGCUACUUAAAAUGAUGUAUGUUGAAUACAUAUAUGUGCUAUGGAGAGAAAGAAAUACUCGAAUAUUUGAGGGUGCAAGCAGAGAACAUGAAGCACUGGCAAGGGAGGUUGUGAGCAUGUGCUACUUUAGGGCAGAUAAAAAAGUGAAGGGGCUGAUACAGAACCUAUAAUUUUUUUUU